CCUGGGCCAAUGGAGAGGGGAGCCCGGGCUGCCCCUGUGCCUGGGCGCUCGCCAGCUGGCACCCGGCACCCGGCACCCGCUGCUCCGGUCCCCGUCAGGAUUUGUCGAGCGACGCGUUCCCGCCGGGGGUGUGUUAGGGGGAGCCCUCUUUCCGACCCUCGACAUGGUUAUCAAAGUGUUUGUGGCCACAUCUUCUGGGUCCAUAGCGAUUAGGAAGAAGCAGCAGGAAGUGGUGGGCUUUUUGGAAGCCAACAAAAUCGACUUUAAGGAACUCGACAUAGCCGGAGAUGAAGACAACCGGCGGUGGAUGAGAGAGAAUGUUCCUGGAGAGAAGAAGCCGCAGAAUGGGAUCCCUCUACCUCCCCAGAUCUUCAAUGAAGAGCAGUACUGCGGGGAUUUUGACUCUUUCUUCUCUGCCAAAGAAGAGAACAUCAUCUAUUCAUUCCUUGGUCUGGCUCCCCCUCCAGGCUCAAAGGUGACAAAGUCGCCUGAGGAAGCUUCUUCCCUUCCCAAUGGUGAUGUAGCAGGAGAGGCAGAGAGUACCACUGAGGGAACAGAGAAGGCUGAAGAACCUGGAGAGAAUGAGGGACAGGAGAACAGUGAAGAUGUGGGCAACCUUCCUGAGUCCCAGGAGAAGAGCGAAGAAGAGGGAGAGAGAGAAGCAGAAGAGACAGAGGAUGCCCCGGAGGAGGCGGCAGAGGAGGAGGCCGGGGGCGAGGAGGCCGAAGCGGGAGAAGAGGAGCCAGGAGAAGAGGAGCCAGGGGAGGAGGGUGAGGACUCCUAGGCUGGCCUCAUAGCCCUCAGAAUCGUGAAGGAACCUUGCAAGCCAUGAAGCAAUAUUUCAAGUUAUGAAGCAACAUUUCAAAUCGUGAAACAACAUUUCACAUGUUUCCCUAUAAAUUCAGUGAAAUACUUUGCUUCGAAGUGCACGCACUCCUCUUAGUGCAUUGGGUGUUCGACGAGGACUUGCACUGUCCGAGGUGGCUGGGUGUGUACACAGAGAGCUACUCCAUCGUAUUGACGUGAGGUUAAAUAUGAAGACAGUAUCGCAUAGCUUCAUGUGCCUGGCACUCUUGGCCUUUGCUUAUUUUAAUUUUCUUUUUUUUUUGCUCUGCAUGCAUAGACCUUAUUAGUGCCGUAAAUCAAAUGAGCACAAGGAAUAGAACUUCUCUUUGUGGCAAAAGCAUUUCGAUAUGGCAGAUUUCCUCCUACGUGCCUUAUGCUACUUGCCUUGGGCUUAGCUUUGGAAAUGAAGUGCUUCCCAGAGAACAAUCAUAUAAAUAAAAAUCAAUAACAAAUA